CGCGGUCUACGGAAGCCACCUGAAUGAUCAAGAGAUCGUGAGGCCUCCCCGUUCUAUCGCCCCGCUCAGCCUCGGGCAGUUGCUGCUUCUCUCUGCCUGGGUGUGCCUCCCCCAGAGGGGAGGCCUCUGCCCCUUGCCUCAUCCCUGCGUUACUUGUACCCUUCACAUUUUCAGCGUGCCCUGCGGAACAGUCCCGCUGGUGGAGUUAGGAGGCAAUCUCAGGCUUUCUCACAGCCAAGGUUUUACAUUCCAGGAUCCUGCGGGCUGCAUCGCAGAACAGCUGAAACUGGAAGGAACCUGUGGAGAUCACGCAGUCCAACCCCUGUGCCAAGGCAGGAUCACCCAGAGCAGGUGACAGGAACGUGCCCGGGUGGAUUUGGAAUGUCUCCAGAGAGGGAGACUCCACGCCCUCCCUGGGCAGCUGUUCCAGUGCUCCCAGCUGCCAGCAUGAGCUGCUGCUGCCCGAGGUGGUGUCUCUCUGCAGCCCCCGGAAAGAAUGAGCUGAGCCCAGCCCCAGACAGGUCUGGAGGGUUUGAGGGUGCGGCUCAAGGGAUGUUUGUCCUCGACAGAGGAAGGACAACCAUCCCUACCUGCCAGCUGUGAGUGGAGCUGUCCUGGGCCUGGCUCUGAGAAGUGCAGGAGGGAGCUUCAUCCUUGUCCCGCGGAUGCUGAAUCUUUGCAAAUGCAUUGCUUCGGGCAAUUUCCCUGGGAAAAAUGUGUGGGAAAAGGGGAAGGUGGGUGAUGGCAGGAGAAGCCUCUGGGCUGGAGAAUGAGGGAGGGAGCAGCACCCUGAGUUGGCAAUAGGACAGGGGGAGCAGGUAGAGAGGUGAUGGGGAAGAUUCCUGCAGGGAAUGGUGGGGCAGCUGGAGCUAUGGCAUGGGGUACAUGGUGUCAUCCUGAAGAGAAGCUGCUCCAAAAUGUGCAGAAAGAGUUUGUGAAGCAUGUGAGCAACCCAUUGAUCUCUGGGGUGCUGGACAACCUGCUGACCCAAGGGGUUCUGAGCCCUGGUGAAGUGGAAGAGAUGCAGAAUCAAUGUAGGAUGCACGUGGGUAAGGCUUGCCUCCUCAAACAUUGUGCUUCAGAAAGAGCAUCAGGGUCAGCCAGAUUUUCACUGACAGAUCUUCACUCCACCACCUCAGGAUGGUGGAGCAGUUGGAUCUGAGUUGACUCAGGUGAGAGAUGAAGGGCCAUGGUCUGCUCCUGGCCAGAGCCUCCAGUGGGAUGCUAGGGUCCAGCCCUAGGGAGUGUCCGAAGCUCAAAGGCAAGGGGCAGUUAGGUAUCACUACCCUGAGACCCCCUUGGCAGCCUGUGAUGACAGAGCUCUGGGGGGUGGCUGUCCCCUGUGGGCCUGAACAGGGAUCCCAAGGGGAUCUCUGGAGGCAUCAGCACCCUGACACUUGAUGGGCAUGAGAGCCCCGUGAGUUGGUGUAGCCCAUGGCACCAUGUCUUGCUCAUGUGUACAAGACAUGAGCAUGCCUGGAUGUUCCCCUGGGAUAUCUCCUGAUUCCCUGUACCUUUUCCAUGCAGGAAACAGAGCUGCUUUCAUUUCUCCCUGCUGUCUCUCACCCCAGGUCCUACAAUGCUCCCCUAUGCUCCCUCAGCACAAGAACAGACUACAAUGUUCUAGAAGCUCUACUUCAUCUCAGGCCACUGAUCUCCUGCCAUGGCAACUACAGCCAGACCUGGAAUAAAACAUCCUCAGUCUUCUGCCCUCCCGUCCUUUUAGGGCCUGCAAACAACCCCAAAUUAAGAAAACUCAUUCCAGAGAGCAGAAGACACCUGACUCUGGAGCAGCAAAAGCAGAGAUGGUUAGUGUCUCUCUAUUGUCCACACACACAGUGUGUUCCUAGUUUAUGUCACCCCCAUAAUCACUUCUGCACUGUCCCUGGCUUUAACAGUUGUCCAAUAAAGAGAUUUUUGCAGCAGACACCCUGCUCCUUUGUCUCCAGCUUAUUGUGGGUGUGCUUCAGGAGGAUGCAGAGCAGGUGGGAAGGGAGAAAUUGUUGGGAGCUCAGGGAUGAAGCAACACUUGCCUUUGGGGCAGCCUGGGCAGAUGUGCUCCUUGCUCAGGAGGCAGAUUCCCCCACUCCCCAAUCCUUACACUGCCCCAGGCAUAGCAAGGAUGCAAUUUCCCCUGGGAGCCAAGAAAGAUCCUCAAACCUGUGUCUCCUGUGCACUGCUCCCACACGUCACAUUAGGGCCCAGUCCAGUGGUCACUUCCCACCAGCAUCCCUGCUGCCAACUGAGAACCUCUUCCUGUGCCCCCAACAUGUGCCCUGCCCUCCAUGGCCACAUCCAACCUGUGUUCUGCCUUGGCAUGAAAUCAACUUUAUUGCACAUUCUGCAAAGUCACAGCCAGAUCCUUGGGAGGGUCUGGCAGCAGGAAAAAAGAGGGCUCUUUGCCCCCUCCAUGUGCCUGACACCGCUGUGCAGGCAGGACAGUGUCCUGAGCCAGUGCCACCGUGUCCCUGUGAGGUGGCAGGAGAUCUCAGCAGGAUGCAGGUGCCUCUCUGCUCUGACUGCAGGAGAACCAGGAUGGGAAAAGGUCUUGCAGGCAGGAUCAGACUGCAGUGAGGGCAGCCAGUCCCAG